GGCGUUCGAAUUUAGUUCCGAAUUCACAAAUUUUAUGAAUUCGAUUUUUUUUUUCUGAUGAUUUUGGCAGAUACUCUUCAUGGAGAAUCUUUACGGCGGCGCCGGCAAUAGCAGCAGUACCAGAACUCCGAAACUCAAUUCCAUAAACGGCAACGUUUCUCCACUAAAUCUCAAUACGCCGAACUUCAACGGCCGCGGUAGUUAUCAGCAUCACCAUCUCCGUCAAUCGAAGAGUCCAGUCUUCGAUCCGUACGCAUCUUCGGAUAGUGGCUCAGCUUCUCCCAAUCUGGAUUCUCCGCUGAUUCGCUACCUUCGCUCGAGCUCCAGCAGUAGCGGCGGAAAAUUAUUAUCACCGUUGGCUUCGAUUGAGAACUUCGAUACUCCGGCGUCGAGAUCAUCGCCAGUAUUCAAGACGCCGUUGAAUAUCGAGGAGGACGUGCUUGUAAUGGACGGCAUUCUCGUCGACUCUAGCAACAUAAAGACUCCUAAAGGCGGUGGCGUCGCGAGGAUGAGGUCACCGCUUGCACCAUUGGAUUCCGAUGGGAGGCAACCGUCAUCAUUGUCCUCAUCGCUAUCGUCGGGAGGGAGCGAGAACAGCUUUUACAAGACUGAGAAGUGUCGAUCGUCCGAGGACUCCAAUGCUGGCCGCUUUGGCACUAAAUGCCAGUUUGCACACGGAAAAGAAGAGCUGCGUUCAAGUCGUAUCAGCAAGAACAAAUUGGAGGCACAAUUCUGCAAGACUUACAGUUCAGGGUCAUGCGCAUAUGGCACAAAGUGCCGUUUUGUACAUGAUCAGAUCAAGGCAGCUGUACCAUCAAUGGAACCAUCUCCUACAUCAAAAGUUUUGCCUACACCAAGAAGAGCAAUUUCACCAAUUACACUCCAAAACAAGGCUGACUUUGGCGAGAAGAAUACCUUCACUGCCUUCUCAACCGAUGAUUGGUCUCCCCUGGAUGACGGCAUUGGGGUUACCUUACCUUCUGGUUCGAGUGAGAAAACUCCCUCAAAGGAAGAUGUCAACGCCCACAUACAGGCAGCUCUCUAUGGCCCUUCCCCAAGGAAGAGGUUACCAGUGUUCACUGAGUUUUGCCCCGACUAGAUGUGUCUUUUUUUUUUAAGCUUUCUCCCGGUGACAUGACUCCAGAUUUGCCCUUUGUCUACAAAAACGCAUAUUAUCCUGUUGCUGACUCGUAACUGUACAGAAAGGCAAGUUGCAUUUACUGUCAUUGAUGUUGAAGAAUCUUAUACCUAUUAGAUAGAAACGGAAUUGAAUUGACAGAGUGAAUAAAAAAUAUCAAUAGCGAAGUAACCGUUCGCAUCCUGGCUUGUAAUCGGUAUUCUGGAAUAAACCUGAAAUCUCUUGUACUCCUGUCUUGUGUGCUUAUUUCUGAAUGUGCUCUGCCAGUAGUUUGACUUUCGGGGUAAUUCCCCUGUGCAAUUAGAGGAUAGACAAUGAGUCAAUUUUUGGUCAGAUUGAUCUCAAGGGCAUGUAUGUUAGAGAAUUUUGAAUUUCCAGCAGCUAUAUUUACACCCUAUGCAAGAGGAUUUUUUUUUUUUAUCAGAUUGAUCUCAAGGGCAUGUAUGUAAAGAGAAUUUUGAGUUUCCAGCAGCUAUAUGUUGAAUUAGUUUGUAAUUUUACAUGGCAAUGGCAAUUGCUCAAAUGAAUAUUUGAAGGUUGCUGGGCUAUAAUUAGU